GUACAACGUAUUUCAGAUACAAUUGAUAUGCUUGAGGAAAUAUUAUCAAAACUGGACCAACGGACAGCAUUAUCCAUUUGUCAAAUCGUAAAGUCAAACAAUUAUCGUCGUAAAGAAGUAUUUGAUUUUCUUGUUGCUGUAAAAGACAUAUUAAAAAAUGACACCACAGAGGAAGUGAACUUUGUGGAAGGGGUUAAGCUCAUAAAAGUUAUUUCAGAAACAAUUAAUACGUUAAGCGAAGAAGAAAUGGAUUGCAUUCAAAUACCAGCGAUUUUUUUACAAUGGCUAUGGCCAAUACGAAUCACGAAAAUAGAGAAGAAGGACAAAUUGCCAGAUGAUAUAAAUUCUGAUAUUAUUGCGAUUCGAACAAAAUUUGAAAUACUUGAUAAGAAACUUACCGAAAAACUGGAAUAUUCGGACACUUUAGUCAAUGAUAUAACGUGUUUUGUUGUCAAUAUAGAGAAAAAAAUAUCUAACUUAAUGGAAAGCAAAGACACUCGAACUAAGGAUGAAGUAACAAGAGUACAAUAUAAAUCAAAUAAAUUGAUUAACCUUUAUAUGGACGUUCAGUUCCUUAGAUCUGCAUAUUGUAUCCGAUACUAUAGCCAUAGUGAACACCUUAUGAUGUUAAAAAAACUAAGGGAUAUAGAAGAAACUCAAGCAAAUUUCCUGCAACUAUUCGCCAAACCAACAAAAGACACAGUUGCAUUUUUUGCUUUAUUUCAUCCAUCAGAAUAUGGCUGUAUUACUGAUUACAUGAAAGUUAAAGGAAUUAACCUCCAAGAUCUCUAUGAUGUGCUUAACAAUAAAAAGUUUGCGAUUCGUCCACAAAAAUGGCUGCAACAUCGAGCAGUGAUGUCUAACACCCCUUCAGGUACAAUAUGGAGUACCAAAAACCCUAAAGAUAAAUGCAAAAUGCUCUUUGAAUUUGAAUCACUUUCGAAAGUCGACAAUAUAUUUCUAAUCAGGUCAGUUAAAUGGCCUUCUUGGUAUAUGUAUAUGAACGAGAGGUCAGCUUUAAGAGGUGAGAAUGAAAAGACAGGCCCAAAAAGAGAAUGGAAAAUAGUGCGUCUUGGUAACGAAAAAUACAUGAUGUGCACUCGUGAAUGGCCUAGCAAAUUUAUAUAUAUGGACGGUGGUCCUUUUGGAAAAGUAAUCGCUGCUUACGGAGACCCGGGUCGUAAAGGUUAUUUGGAUUUAAUUCAUGAAAAUGAAAUUCACUAGUAAAAAUACAACAUUUUGUUUUAUAAUUUUCAUAAA